AUGGCUCGUCUACUCGUGACUCUUGCCGCCACUGCUAGCGGUGUCGCUAUUUUUGGAGCACUCGUUUGUGUUGCCUAUUUAUUCAAUGACAUCAACAAUUUCUACUCAGAGUCACUCGAGGACAUGGCUGAGUUCAAGGCCUAUGCCAACGAUGCGUGGUCUCAAAUGGUCCUAACUACCGCUUCUUCUGGUUCUUCGGCGGCUUCUCGAAACACCAUAUUCGGUCGCCAUAAGCGUUCGGGAGCUGCUUGCAAUUGUGGAGAGCAACCCAACAGCUGCCCACCAGGACCACCCGGACCCCCAGGAGCCCGUGGAGAUGAUGGAUCUAAUGGAGACGCCGGACAGCCAGGAAACCCCGGACAAGCUGGACUCAAGAUUCCAAAUGACAGCUAUGAUGUCAAAUCAUGCAUCGUCUGCCCAGCCGGACCUCCUGGACCACAAGGACCCGAUGGUGAUUCUGGACCAGCUGGACCCGACGGACAGCCCGGACAAGAUGGAGAACCAGGAAAUGAUGGACAGCCCGGAUUCCCUGGACAACCUGGAGACGCUGGACAAAAUGGAACCCCCGGAAACGCCGGACAACCUGGAGCCCCAGGACAGAACGGAACCCGUGGACGUGGACAACCCGGACAGAGAGGAGCCCCUGGACCAGCUGGAGCCCCAGGACAGCCUGGGCAAGAUGGACAAUCUGGACAGCCAGGAAACCAAGGCCCACAAGGACCCGAGGGACAACCCGGAGCCAAUGGACAGCCCGGACCCGAUGGACAGAGCGGACAGCCCGGAACCGAUGGAACCCCCGGCCCAGAUGCCGCCUACUGCCCAUGCCCACCCAGGUCAUCAGCCAUCGUCGGUGGACCCUCAAGCGGAGGAUAUCGUCGCCGUCGUGCU